AUGAAUAGUAUUGGAAAAGCAGCAUUAAGCUCUUAAAUAGGAAGUUCAGGAAAUAAAUAUGCAGUUAAUGCAUCUUCUAAAUCAGGUAUUAAAUGGACUGAUUUCAACUAUCCUCCUUUGAUCAAAGUUAUUCACUACGAUAGAAGUGAAUUGUAAGACCCACACAAAAAGAUAGCAACCUUACUCUGGCUUGGGCAUAUUCUUAUAUUAUUAAUUUCUAUCAUCAACUUUAUUAACAACUGUGUUCAAGGAGUUGGUUUUAGAAUAGGUCUAUCAGUCGCUUUUUUUAUCUUAUUUAAUCCUUUUGAGGGAAUUUGCUUUUACUAAGGCUUGCUCGCUUUCUUGGAUAAUGAUUCUAAAUUUAAGAUAUACAAAAUUUUAUCCGUUCUUCUGGGAUUAUUUUAUAUCGCCUUUAUGAUAGGUGACUUCGGUAAUUUUAAUGGUUUUGUAAGAAUUAAAGACGUUGAUGCAUUUCCAAAAGCUUUAUGUGUGAUUGAAUCUAUAUUCUUUUUUGUUGUUAUAGUAAUUCACUUUUACUGCACUUACAAAGCUCAUAAAUGGGAAGAUGGUCCUGCAAAGCUACUCACAUAAUCAGACUCUGCAUCCGUAGCUUCCAAGGACAGAUCCCAAUCAUAGAUUUCAUAGCCUUGA